AGCAACAGGCAGCAGCUCCAACACCUGAAGGCAGCCUCUGAUGGAAGAACUGAAGGGAGGAGCGACCAAAAAGGGCUGAAUCCCCUCUAAUUUCACUUUCCUUGGGCAGAGUGAGGCUGAGUUUACGAAGCUGUGACUCAGAAUCCCUCAGGGAACUUUGCCAACUCUGGUUUUUGGUCCCUUUCUCAGCCCUCAGCCCCCUGCUCUCCUGAGGAGGCUCUGAAGAUCCAGGGCCUCCUCUGACAGAAAGCAGAUCCUGAGCGAGCUCAGAAAGGAAGAAAAAAAGAACUCAGCAAUUCCUAGGAUUUAGAACCACCCUCUUCACCUCCAGGGACUCACUUCACGUUUUUAACAUGGCAGGAUUAGCAUCUCCAAGGGUUGGAAUUGUGCUUUUGGUUAAAGGCCCAACUUCAGGCCGAGGCCUUUGCCACACACAAAGCGUCACUGCGAGUUCAUUGGGGAUCUGUGCUCUGCUGCUGAUUAAAAUUUCUUUUUUCCAUUUUAAAGCAGUUUUGAAUGCAUUGAGCUCACCACGAGCAGUUUUCUCUCCCUUCCCCGUGUGCAGUGAAUUCAAUCAGGCAGGUAUCAAAGCCUCAUCUUAUCAGAGCACUUCCCCAGGAAACUCGUCAUGCUUCUGUGAACACAGGGCACCUGCCAAUAAGGCAAACCCAUUUUCAGAUUUAACUUUGGGAUAUUAUGUAUAAAAAGUAAGAGUACACAUCAAUUACCAGCAGAGCUGGCCUGGCCUACCAUCCAAAUGAAGUUGCCUAUCGUGAUUGCUUCACUUCUUGGAGUUUUCUUGGCUCCUGCUCUUGCCAACAAUAACAUGGAGAACAACUUUAAUGGGCAGCUCAGUGAAGACUCAAACCACUCUGAGAUCAGGGUCAGCACCAACCCAAGGGAGGGCUCUGAGGACUGGAAAACCAUCUGGGACUUCAAGACCGGCUAUGUUGCAACCAAGGUGUUUUCCAAGAACACCUGCAUCAUUGCUACAACCAGCAAGAGGUUUUGGCUUGGCAAACACUUUUCUGCACCUCUGCAGGGAUCUGGGCCUCAGCAGCUGGCACCCCGGGAGAAUCGCUUCCUCAUCUCCAGGGACAGACUCCAAAGCUUGAGCCCAUUUGGAAAACGCAUCCAAGCCCUGUGCAGAGGAAUUCCCUCUUACCUCGCUUACCCAGCUCCCGGAUCAAACUUUUUAAGAGGAUCAAACUUCUCAUCAGGAUCAAACUCCUCAGGGCGAGAUGCUUCGUGAUUGAAAUUGAAGAUUAAUGAACUCCCUGCUUAUUACUGAUAAAGUUUACAGAAGAAAAUUCAUAGAACUGUGUACCCAUGAGAUUUUUCUCCUCGAUAAUCUUCUCUUGAUUAUAUUUUCAAUCAUUUAUCUUUCUUCUGCUCUGUGUGGAAGCUGUUGAGUCUCAGUAAAAUUUAUCAUCAACCUACA